UUUGGCGCGUGGCUGCGGGAUUGGGGAAAGCAUCACGCGAACGCUACGGAGAGGACCUCGCCACCCUCCAGCGGCGCGAUGGCCCCGGGCACCACUCUUUGUGUGCGGGGGAGGGGGCGCGAAGCGACGCGGGCAUUCGUGCCGCCGUCGGGAGCUGGCCGAUGGCCUGGGGUCGACGCGGAACAUGGGGACGAAAACUGGGAGGGCCGAAUCGCAAAUUCUCGAAAGUUGUUUGCGAAUCGUUUGAGUGCUAGUGGGGCCGGGGUCGCGGGGCCGCGGCGCACGGAAAUAACUUUGAAACUCCGGCGCGUCGGCAGUCGGAAGUGUGGGGGGCGCGUGUGCGGCGCCGGCGGGCUACCGGCGCCGGCGGCCGAACUGCUCUUUGUUAGGUGCUUGGGUUCGCGCCCUAUAGCGGGCUGGCAGCGGGUUAUCCGGAAUGACGCGGAUGGGGCGGCGAGCUGUGCCGUGGUAAUUUUGGCUGAGACACUUAACCGGUCUCGUUCUCAGUCACGGUUGAGCAUGAGUGUUCGUGGGCUGCCCGUGGAGGCUGGGAGCUCUGGCGGCGGCGGACCUCGUACCAGUGGCGGUCACUGCUGACGGUGUUCGGGCCCGGGCGGCGAGCCCACGCGCUAGAGGGGGAGGAAAUAGAAAGUGAAGCGGCCGCACACGGGGGCCGCUGGGCGCCCCCCACGGCUACCCUGCUGCGGUGGAGACGCGGCGGCCGAGUAUCCCGCGCAGACUCGCAGUCCUGGCUACGGUCCUGAGGCCGCGGCUCGCAGUCUCCUCCACCCGCCCAGCGGAGUAUUAUCCACUCUCACGAGACAAGCCUUGUUCGGCUCGUGCUCCUUGCUUUCAAACAUCUCGUUGUUCGCGCCCCAUUCAUCCUGCAGUGGGAAAUCCGCGCGUGCCACCUUGUUUAAACUCUGAUAGCCCGGCAUGUCCGUCUUGGUGCGACCCCGUGCAGAGCGCACUCUGGAGCGGUGCCCGGCGGCCCUUGUAGACUUGAAUUUCCAGCCAGCAUAGUGCACCCCAUGCCCCGAGCCUCCGCGGGAGUUUCUCUGAGGUGAAUUCCCGCGAGGUUCGACCCUUCUGGGGAGUGCGCCCCCGACGGUCUCGAGGCUCCGAGCUCAGAAGCUCCAAUACCCCGGUGACUUAACGCCGGACGUUGCGCGCCAAAAUUGCAGCCGGAAGCCGCGUGUUGACCCUCAGUCGCGAUCCCAAGGGGGCAGCACGUAGCGCGCUUUCUCCAGCGGCAAACUCGCUCACCUAGAUGAAAGCGUACCUUGGGUCUCCAGGGCACAGGGCGCACUUGGCGCCCCAGGCCACGUGCUCGUUGCGCGCGGUGCGUGCCGAGGCUCGCGCGCGUAGUUCUCUGGGUGAGCGGUGCGCCUGCGCACCGCGGCCACCCCGCCCCCACCCACUCCCCCGGGCUUCGGCCACCAGGGGGCGGAAGCGGGUGCAAUGGGGUCCGACGCAGGCCUUCGGUGGGCGCGAACCCACCAACCCCAGCAGGACUUGAAGGAGAAGAAGGAAGUUGUGGAGGAGGCAGAGAAUGGAAGAGACGCACCUGCCAAUGGGAACGCUCAAAAUGAGGAAAAUGGGGAGCAGGAGGCUGACAAUGAGGUAGAUGAAGAAGAGGAAGAAGGUGGGGAGGAAGAGGAGGAGGAGGAAGAAGGUGAUGGUGAGGAAGAAGAUGGAGAUGAAGAUGAGGAAGCUGAGGCUCCUACGGGCAAGCGGGUAGCUGAGGAUGAUGAGGAUGAUGAUGUUGAGACCAAGAAGCAGAAGAAGACUGAUGAGGAUGACUAGACAGCAAAAGGAAAAGCUAACCUUACGCACCGUGACCUAUUCACCCUCCACUUCCCGUCUCAGAAUUUAAACGUGGUCACCUUCGAGUAGAGAAGCAGGCCCCCGCCCGCCCACUGCGGGCAGUGCCACCCACACAUGACAUGCGCUCUUCACCACCCCACCAAAACCACAACAUGAAUUGGCAACAUGGGAGGAGAAAAGAACCAGAACUUCCCAGGCCCUGCUUUUUUUCUUAAAAAUACUUUAAAAGGAAAAUUUGUUUGUAUUUUUUAUUUACAUUUUAUAUUUUUGUACAUAUUGUUAGGGGUCAGCCAUUUUUAAUGAUAACGGGUGACCAAACCAGCCUUCAGAGCGUUUUCUGUCCUACUUCAGACUUUACUUGUGGUGUGACCAUGUUCAUUAUACUCUCAAAGGAGAAAAAAAACCUUGUAAAAAAAACAAAAACAACAACAAAAAAAACAAUCUUAUUCUGAGCAUUCCAGUAACUUUUUUUGUGUAUGUACCUAGCUGUACUAUAAGUAGUUGGUUUGUAUGAGAUGGUUAAAAAGGCCAAAGAUAAAAAGAUUUUUUUUUCCUUUUUUUUUGUCUAUGAAGUUGCUGUUUAUUUUUUUGGCCUGUUUGAUGUAUGUGUGAAACAAUGUCCAACAAUAAACCGGAAUUUUAUUUUGCUGAGUUGUUCUAACAA